AUGGGCCCCCUGUCGGCGCGGCUGCUGAUGCAGCGGGGGCGACCCAAGAGCGACCGGCUGGGGAAGAUCCGGAGCCUGGACCUGUCCGGGCUGAAGCUGCUGUCCGAGCACUUGGACCCCAAGCUCCUGAGCCGCCUGACGCAGCUGCAAGAGCUGGACCUCUCCAACAACCAGCUGGAGACGCUGCCCACCAACCUGGGCCUGCCCCACCUGCGCAUCCUCCGCUGCGCCAACAACCAGCUGGGGGACGUCUCGGCCUUGUGCCAGUUCCCACAGCUGGAGGAGCUCAGCCUGGAGGGCAACCCCUUCCUGACAGUCAGUGACAACCUGAAGGUAUCCUUUCUCCUGCCCAAGCUCCGUAAGGUCAAUGGCAAGGAUGCUUCGUCCACUUCCUCUCAGGUGGAGAACUUGAACCGGGAGCUGACCAGCAGGGUCACAGCUCACUGGGAGAAGUUCAUGGCUGCGCUGAGCCCAGAGGAGGAGGCGGAGAAGGCCCAGGAGGACUUUGUGAGGUCUGCUGUCAGGGAUGUCCGCUAUGGGCCCGAGUCCCUCAGUGAAUUCACCCAGUGGCGGGUAUGUCCUCACCCCACUGUGCUGGGGGUCAGUUCUCCCAGCUUCUCACUGGCUCCUAUGCACUGUGCUGCCCUGGAGCCCAGGGCUAGGCCAGUGGCCUUGAAACGGUCAGAUGAUAUCCCACUCAACCUCUCUCCCAAGAAGCGAGUGUGCACCUCACCGUUGGCUCCAGUGGAGGGCAGCCCCGUGGGCUCUGAUGGCAGCCAGCCGGCCCUGAAGCUGGAGCCCCUGCACUUCCUGCAGUGCCACAGCAAGAACAACAGCCCGCGGGACCUGGAGACCCAGCUCUGGGCCUGCGCCUUCGAGCCGGCCUGGGAGGAGGGGCAUGCAGGGGCCACGUCCCAGACCGUGGCCACGUGUGGCGGGGAGGCCGUGUGUGUGAUAGACUGCCAGACGGGCAUCGUGCUGCACAAGUACAAGGCACCAGGCGAGGAGUUCUUCUCAGUGGCCUGGACAGCCUUGAUGGUGGUCACUCAGGCAGGCCACAAGAAGCGCUGGAGUGUGCUGGCAGCUGCAGGCCUGCGGGGCCUGGUCCGGCUGCUGCACGUGCGUGCCGGCUUCUGCUGCGGGGUCAUCCGGGCCCACAAGAAGGCCAUCGCCACCCUCUGCUUCAGCCCCACCCACGAGACCCACCUCUUCACGGCUUCCUAUGACAAGCGGAUCAUCCUCUGGGACAUUGGGGUGCCCAACCACGAUUACGAAUUCCAGGCCAGCCAGCUGCUCACGCUUGAUACCACUUCCAUCCCCCUGCGCCUCUGCCCGGUUGCCUCCUGCCCGGAUGCCUACCUGCUGGCUGGCUGCGAGGGUGGCUGCUGCUGCUGGGACGUGCGGCUGGACCAGCCUCAAAAGAAGAGGGUGUGUGAGGUGGAGUUCGUCUUCCCCGAGGGCCCCGAGGCAUCUAGACGGAGAGUGGAUGGGCUGGCGUUUGUGAAUGAGGAUGUCGUGGCCUCUAAGGGGAACAGCCCAGGCACCAUCUACCUGUGGAGCUGGGGCCAGACGUGGCUGGGCCGGGGCAGCCAGUCCACAGUGGCGGUAGUGGUCCUGGCUCGGCUGCAGUGGUCACCCACCGAGCUGGCCUACUUCUCACUCAGCACCUGUCCUGAUGAAGGGAUUGUGCUCUGUGGGGACGAGGAGGGCAACGUGUGGGUCUACGACGUCAGGCACAUCCUGAGGCAGCAGCCUCCGCUGCCGGCAGGCCUGCAGGCACCCACGCAGAUCCUGAAGUGGCCCCAGCCCUGGGCCCUUGGCCAGACGGUGACCAAGACCAUGGUGAACAUGGUGGUGGCCAACCCCACCUGUACCUACCUCACCGCUCUGACGGACUCCAACAUUGUAGCCAUAUGGAAGAGACAGUAGCCUCGAGCACAAGCUCUGCCUCUGCGCAGAGCACCAGGGACACAACUUAACUUAUUCAGCUUCUGGGCUCAUGAUGGGGAUCUUUUUAUCGGUGAAUAAAUUUUUAUUAAACUACUAUGUAAGAGAAGCCUGUGGUGAGCUGUUUGGGGGCCCUCUGGUAUUCCUACUUUGAGUAAGACAGGCAGACCUGGCAGCUGAGGCUUCUAGAGCAGAGACUCAUGGAACUACAUGGGUUUUCAGUUUCCUUCUGCUCAAGACUGCCUCCUUGGCAGCCGCCCAAGUUCCCAGUUGUUGUCAAGAAUGAGCUUGUUCCUGCCACCCUCCCAGACAGAAGCCUGGGUCUCUGGGUCAGUCUACUUUGAAAUGUGGCCCCAAAGUGGCUUUGACACAGGUCACCUGCCUCCACCGAGACUGACAAUCCAUUUGCUGUGAAGUCACCUCUCUCUGCUUCAGCCCACAUCCAGGUCUUUUCCCUGCCACACUUUAUUAGGAGGGUAAAACAAUCUAUGUACAGGACACGUCGGUGUCGGGGGGUGAGGGGCUCACUGGGAUAUCUACAAGGAGGCCCACAGCUGGGAGGAGCUGCUCUCCUCCACUUGGUGCCUGCAGAAGGGCCCGGUGCAGGACAGAACUCGCCAAACCAGACUCCUUCCAGCCCACUAUUCGAUUCCUUCUUGCUUGUCUUUGAUGGCCACCUGGGGAGGAAGAAGGCAGCACACUUAGCUGGAAUGGCCGGGGUGAGGAUGUUGGGAACGCAAGCCCAGCAUCCCUGACCAAGGUCUGACGGGAAACUACUGCCACGGCCUUUCUCCAGAGCACUGCCAGAACUGAACAGAGGC